AUGAUUAUGGAUUUUCUGAGCGAGAAGUUUGCCCUGAAGAGCCAGCCGAGCAAGAACAGUGACUUUUACAUGGGAGCAGGAGGCACUUUGGAGCACGUUAUGGAAACUUUGGACAAUGAGUCCUUUUACAGCAAAACGUCAGGCAGCAAAUGCGUGCAGGCCUUCAACCCUCUGCAAAGGGCUGAGCAUCAUGUGAGGCUGGAGAGAACCUCACCCUGCCAGGACAAUAACGUGAACUAUGGAAUUACUAAAGUGGAAGGACAGCCUCUUCACACAGAGCUGAACAGGCCCAUGGACAAUUGCAACAAUCUCAGGAUGUCUCCAGUGAAAGGGAUGCAGGAGAAGGGCGACCUGGAUGAACUCGGUGAUAAGUGUGACAGCAACGUCUCCAGCAGUAAGAAGAGGAGGCACAGAACAACUUUCACCAGUUUGCAGCUGGAGGAACUGGAGAAAGUUUUCCAGAAAACUCAUUACCCCGAUGUCUAUGUAAGAGAACAGCUAGCUCUGAGAACAGAGCUCACUGAGGCCAGAGUCCAGGUUUGGUUCCAGAAUAGAAGAGCAAAAUGGAGGAAAAGAGAACGUUAUGGUCAGAUCCAGCAAGCUAAGAGCCAUUUUGCUGCCACCUAUGAUAUAUCUGUUCUUCCAAGGACUGACAGCUACUCUCAGAUUCAGAACAAUCUGUGGGCAGGGAAUGCGGCUAGCGGCUCUGUGGUUACUUCCUGCAUGCUACCACGAGAUACUUCCUCCUGUAUGACACCUUAUUCCCAUUCACCCCGGACAGAUUCCGGCUACACAGGCUUUUCAAACCACCAGAAUCAGUUCAGCCAUGUGCCCCUCAACAAUUUUUUCACUGACUCUUUACUUUCUGGGGCAACCAAUGGACAUGCUUUUGAAACCAAGCCGGAAUUUGAAAGGAGGUCCUCCAGCAUUGCAGUUCUACGGAUGAAAGCCAAAGAGCAUGCUGCCAAUAUUUCCUGGGCCAUGUAA